AAAAAAAAAGUUCUACUCUGUUUCUUUUUCAUUUGCAUAAAUCAUUUUGCCUCCAAAAGGCUUCUGGGCUCUGUCUCUUUGUCUCUUUUAUCUCUACUCCGCUCAAAACAAUUUUACUCGCCUCAACAAACAUGUGUAAUUUAACACCAUCUUCUUCCUCUUCCUUACUAUCAUCUCCCAAAGAAAAAAACAAUUUCUCAAAACUCGAAACCUGUGAUGCAGACCAUGCCCAUUAUUCUGACUUUACCGAUGAUGGUUCCCGAGACCUUAAUAGAUGGCCAACUUUUCUCGAGGGCUUAGAGGAAGUGAAAGCGAUCGGAAGAAUCUCAGGGCCGACGGCAAUGACCGGACUUCUUAUGUACUCAAGAGCAAUGAUAUCGAUGCUGUUCCUUGGCUACCUCGGCGAACUUGAGUUAGCCGGAGGAUCUCUCUCCAUCGGCUUUGCCAAUAUCACCGGCUACUCCGUCAUCUCCGGCUUGUCCAUGGGGAUGGAGCCAAUCUGCGGGCAAGCUUACGGUGCUAAACAAAUGAAGCUUUUAGGACUAACCCUUCAAAGAACCGUCCUCCUCCUCCUCUCAUGCUCGGUCCCCAUCUCCUUCUCUUGGCUCAAUAUGAGGCGAAUCCUCUUGUGGUGCGGCCAAGACGAAGAGAUCUCUUCCGUUGCGCAAAAUUUCCUUCUCUUCGCCAUCCCUGACCUCUUCCUCCUCUCUCUGCUUCACCCUCUUCGUGUUUACCUCCGAACACAGAACAUUACAUUGCCCGUGACUUACUCCACGGCCGUCUCCGUCCUCCUUCACGUUCCGUUGAACUUUCUUUUUGUGGUGAAGCUCGAGAUGGGAGUCGCGGGAGUCGCUAUUGCUAUGGUCUUAACCAAUCUCAACCUCGUAGUCCUCUUAUCUUCUUUUGUAUAUUUCACAAGCGUGCAUAGUGAUACAUGGGUCCCACUUACUGUGGACUCUCUUAAAGGUUGGUCGUCUUUGCUCUCGCUUGCAAUACCCACUUGUGUAUCCGUUUGUUUGGAAUGGUGGUGGUACGAGUUCAUGAUCAUUUUGUGUGGAAUUUUGGUUAACCCAAGAGCCACCGUUGCUUCCAUGGGAAUCUUGAUCCAAACAACAGCUUUAGUCUACGUCUUCCCAUCCUCUCUCAGCCUCGGUGUCUCCACAAGAAUCAGUAACGAGCUUGGGGCUAAACGCCCGGCGAAGGCUCGUGUAUCCAUGAUAAUUUCCCUCUUCUGCGCGACCGCCUUAGGCCUAAUGGCAAUGGUGUUCACCGUGCUUGUUAGGCACCGAUGGGGACGCUUGUUCACCACGGAUGUAGAGAUUCUUGAGCUGACUUCAAUUGCAUUGCCCAUCGUGGGUUUAUGUGAACUCGGGAACUGUCCUCAAACGACCGGUUGUGGUGUUUUGAGAGGCUGUGCAAGACCAACACUCGGUGCCAACAUAAACUUGGGUUCGUUUUACUUUGUGGGCAUGCCGGUGGCUAUUCUCUUAGGGUUCUUUUUCAAACUAGGAUUUCCAGGUCUCUGGUUUGGCUUGCUUGCGGCUCAAGCGACAUGUGCUUCUCUCAUGCUGUUUGCACUCUUGAGAACAGAUUGGGCAGUCCAAGCAGAGAGAGCUGAAGAACUGACGUCAAAAACACCGGGAAAAACUCCUCCUCUCCUCCCAAUCGCCAGGACUAAGAGCAGGUCUCCACCAGAUACAGAUGAUAUGAUGAGAACCAUGUUGGUUUAGAUUGAUAUCUAUUCUUUGGAGUCAUUUGCCUUCAAUGUUGACGUACAAAUAUUCUUGUCAAACAUCAUUUUUGGAGUUUAUAUUACUCCUUAAUUUUUACUUCUUUUUUUAACAUAAGAACCACUUUGUUUUGUGGGCUUUAUUGGUGUUUUAUUUUAUCUAUGGUUGUAUGGAUGUAAUAGUUUCUAGAUUUGACUUUACCAGUUUGUACUAUAUUUG